AAAGCCUCAAGCGCUGACUUGCUCUCCGGUUCGAUAUAGCCACAUAGAGCUGAUGGUCUCAGUGUGAAGGAGCUACGCAAAGGGGACCGGAUUCCAUGCCAACAACAACAAGAACAGCAGCAAUGGCAGAAGCAAAGACGCGUCAGAGGCUACUGGGCACCGUCAAGAAGGAGGUGAAGCAGAUCAUGGAGGAGGCUGUCACCAGGAAGUUUGUACAUGAAGACAGCAGCCACAUUGUCUCGUUUUGUGCUGCGGUGGAGGCUUGCGUUCUACAUGGGCUUAAGCGGCGAGCGGCGGGAUUCCUGCGUAGCAAUAAAAUAGCAGCGCUCUUCAUGAAGGUGGGGAAGAGCUUCGCCCCGGCAGAGGAGCUGUGCAGGAAGGCUCAGGAGCUGGAACAGAUCAUCGAGAGCAAACGGAACCAAAGCAUGCCCAACCAGGACAGCGUACGGAGACUGCCCAGGCUGUCGAGCCUCAGCCCGCAGGUGGUCAGAAAUCUUUGGAUCCGCACGGCCCUCUUCCAGAAGGUGCUGGACAAGAUCGUGCUCUACCUUGUGGAGAACAGCAGUAAAUUCUACGAAAAAGAGGCCAUUCUGAUGGAUCCGGUGGACGGACCCAUUCUGGCCUCUUUGUUAGUGGGGCCCUGUGCCUUGGAGUACACGAAGAUGAAAACGGCAGACCACUUCUGGACAGACCCCUCAGCAGACGAGCUGGUCCAGAGACACCGCAUCCACAGUGGUCACUGUAGACAGGACUCCCCCACCAAGAGGCCUGCCCUUUGUAUCCAGAAGAGGCAUUCUAGUAGCAGCAUUGAGGAGCGGCCUUCCCCCUCACCCUCAGCCCGGGACUAUGUGGAGUCACUGCACCAGAACAACAGAGCCACCCUGCUGUUUGGAAAGAACAAUGUGCUGGUGCAGCCGAGGGAUGACAUGGAGGCUAUCCCAGGAUACCUCUCUCUCCACCAGACCGCCGACAUCAUGACGCUGAAGUGGACGCCCAAUCAGCUGAUGAACGGCUCUGUGGGAGACCUGGACUAUGAGCACAGUGUGUACUGGGAUUACGCUAUGACCAUCCGUCUGGAGGAAAUUGUUUAUUUGCACUGUCAUCAGCAGGUGGACAGCGGGGGCACGGUGGUGCUGGUGAGCCAGGACGGCAUCCAGAGACCCCCGCUGCGCUUCCCUAGAGGGGGGCAUCUGCUCCAGUUCCUCUCCUGCCUGGAGAAUGGCCUCUUGCCCCAUGGCCAUCUGGAUCCUCCGCUCUGGUCCCAGAGAGGAAAGGGGAAGGUGUUUCCUAAACUGAGAAACAAGUGUUCACAGGGCUCCUCGGACUCAGUGUCCGAUAAGGAGGAGGAUGAGGCCACAGACUAUGUCUUCCGCAUCCUGUUCCCCAACAGCCAAUCAGAGUUUGUGACUAUAACACACCCUCCCCGUGUUUCCCCGGGGGCUCCUCUCCUGUCCCGCUCCUUUUCCCUCCAUCUGAGAGGACAGCCCCCGACCAAAGGGAUCUUGGUGGUUCCUAAGCGCUCCUGCAGCUAUCCCAGAGACCACUCCUCAACCACCACAGGGAACAGCUCAGUGGCUCCAGAGCUGAUGGACCAGGGGGCCAACAUAUGGCAGCCCAUCCCCGGGAAGUCCUCCUACUCAUCCUGUACCCAGGGCAGCUUCUCAGAUGGAGGACCCCCCAACGGCUGCAACCAUGAAAGAGCCCCUUUGAAGCUGCUGUGUGACCAAAUGAAGUAUCAGAUCAUCUCCCGGGCGUUCUACGGCUGGCUAGCUUAUUGUCGUCAACUGUCCACUGUACGUACACACCUCUCGGCCCUGGUCAACCACACCAUCGUGGCGCCUGAUGUGCCCUGCGAUGCCUUCACGGGCCUCACCGCUGAGGUGUGGCAGAGGUUCCUUCAGGACUGCACUGCCUAUAACGAGCAGGAGCUGCUGCGCCUGGUGUACUUCGGCGGCGUUGAUCCUUCGCUGCGUAAGGAGGUGUGGCCCUUCCUCCUGGGCCACUAUCAGUUUGGCAUGUCUGAGUCUGACAGGAAAGAGGUGGAUGAGCAGGUGCGGGCGUACUACGAGCAGACCAUGAGCGAGUGGCUGGGCUGCGAGGCCAUCGUGCGGCAGCGGGAGAAGGAGCAGCAUGCAGCGGCGCUGGCUAAGUGCUUGUCUGUCUCGGCCAGCGUGGAUAAUCCAAACCCCGUCCAGAGGAUGAUGCACCAUGACUCCAGCAUCAGCAAUGAGUCCUCCCAGAGCUGCAGCUCAGACAGACAGAGCCUGGCUCGCCUGCAGAGUGACUCCAGCAGCAGCACCCAGGUGUUUGAGUCUGUGGAGGAGGUGGAUCAGAUCGAGACCGAGCCCAAGAGCAAAGAGGCCAAGCAGGUGCCCAAGAUCCCCAAUGGAGGAGCCCUGCCCAACGGGACCAGCUCCCCAGACUCGGGGCACCCCUCCUCUCGUAACUUCUCAGUCACCUCGGGCCUGUCAGACCGCUCUCUGAGCAUAGAGGACAGCACUGACACCACCCCUAAAAACAUCACCAGCACUCCUCCACAGUUGGCCCCAGCCCCACAGAGCCCAGUCAAAGCCCAUGAGGAAGAGUUGGGGGCAGAUAGCCCAAAAGCCCAACCCCCGGCCCUGCAGGAGGAGAAGGACCUCCAGGCCAAGGACCCACCAGAGAAGGAGGAAAAAGAGGGUGCAACCGAAAUGACCCAAGAGAUUGAGGGCAACGAGACAGAAGUGCCAGAUAUAGAAAUGGACAAAAAUACAGUGACAGUAGAGCCAGUGGAAACAGAAAUGCCAGAAGUAGAAAUUGACGAGAGGACAGAGGUGUCAGAGAUUGAAAUGGACAAAAAAACAGAGACAAGGGAGGACAAGGCAGCAGACCUAGGUGUUUUAGAGAGCCAGAAAAUAGAGGAAGAAAAUACUUCCGUGACUGAACCUGCCGAGACAGAAGAGGUAAGGAUCAAUGAAAAGGGGGACGUUGAGUUACCGAACACAGAAGUGGAUGCUGUAGAAGAAACGGUGGAGUCCAAAACAGAUGAGUUCAAAACAAUGGAGGCUAAAGAGCCUGAGACCGAAGUGGUGAAAAUGUUGGAUGGAGAGCCAAUCAUGCUAGCAAACACAGAGGACUUGCAGUCACUGGAACCAGAGACAUUGAAAACUCAAGAGUCAAGAGAAACAGAGGACGAAGGUUCAGAACCAGAGUCUGUAGAUCCAGAAGAGAAUGAAACAUCCCAAACAAACCAUAGAGAGCCAAAAGAGGAGAAGGCAUUGACAUCAACGAUGACUGCAGAAGCAACGGAGGACAAGACAUCAGAACUCGAGGAUGAGCGAACUUCAGAGGCUGGAGAAACAAAGAGUGCUGAAACAUCGGAAGUAAAGGAAGCUGAAAGAAAGACUAUGGAAAAGACAGAAACUGAGAAAGAAGUAGAAGCCAAUGAGAUUUUAAAAUUUGAUGAGGUAACCGAAACAAAGGGGGUUAAGACGGUGUCACACGAAGUUGCAGAGGAAAAUGCGGGGGACAUUACAAAAUCUAAGGAAGUGGGAAAAAGAGAGGAGGAGACCAAGCGGUCAGAGACGGAGAAGAAUACAAGCCCCGUAGCAGACACCAGGGUGGCAAGGGCAAUGGAAGCAUUUGGUAGCACCACCCAGAGUGAGGAGGCUCUGGCCACCACAGAAUCUGAGGAGUCUCCUUCAGCCAUUGAGAUGGCAGAAGUCUCCAUUACCCCACUGUGGGACAGGAUGGGUCCGUGCAACAGUUCCGGGGUCGGGGCUGCUCUCUCUGAGGGCUCAGUCCCCCAUCUGGAGCUCCAACUGGAGGAGGAUGAGCAGUGCAAAACCAGCCCAGAGGGCACAGAGUCCAACUUGUCUGAGAUGGAGAGCAUCUUCCCACAAUUUGACUCCCUGACCGUGGGCAGAGAGCUGAAAAACGAGGACAUCUCUCCAGUGUCAUCCAUCGGAACCACCUAUUCUCAAGAGCUUUUGGAUAUGUACACGAUGAACCUGCACCGCAUUGAGAAGGAUGUCCAGCGAUGUGACAGAAACUAUUGGUACUUUACCCCUGCCAACCUGGAGAAACUGCGCAACAUCAUGUGCAGCUAUAUCUGGCAGCACCUGGAGAUUGGCUAUGUGCAGGGCAUGUGUGACCUGCUUGCUCCCCUCCUUGUCAUUCUGGAUGAUGAGGCCAUGGCCUUCAGCUGUUUCACUGAGCUCAUGAAGCGGAUGAAUCAAAACUUCCCCCAUGGCGGUGGCAUGGACACUCAAUUUGCCAACAUGCGCUCUCUCAUCCAGAUCCUGGAUUCUGAGCUCUUUGAGCUCAUGCACCAAAAUGGCGACUACACCCACUUCUACUUCUGCUACCGAUGGUUCCUUCUAGACUUAAAGCGUGAGCUGGUGUAUGAUGAUGUGUUUGCGGUGUGGGAAACCAUCUGGGCAGCGAAGUACGCCUCCUCUGGCCACUUUGUCCUCUUCAUCGCUCUGGCACUGGUGGAGGUCUACCGGGACAUCAUUCUGGAGAACAACAUGGACUUCACCGACAUCAUUAAGUUUUUCAACGAAAUGGCGGAGCAUCACAACAGCAAGCAGAUCCUGACACUGGCCCGGGAACUGGUGUGCAAGGUGCAGACUCUCAUUGAGAACAACUGAUCUCCAGGAGUCAUCCACUUCUCUUCCUUCUUCCUCUUCCUGUUUCCCAUGUCUUUCUCAAACAUAGAGAUAGAUAGAGGAUUCAUAUUUGUAUCUGUUUCAUUAUAGCGUCUGUGACAAAAUGGGCAGUGCCGUUGAGGCUAUCUCCAUUUCUAAGUAGUCAAUUUUCUUCUUUACGAUUGGCUGAUCCCUCCUGAUGACCCGGUGCUGCCCAUGGUAAAACAGCGUUUUGGCUAAUAGAGACCUCUAUCGUUCUCUAUUGUCAGUUUGAACAGCUGCAACCGAACAGAGAGAUCAGGGUCCAGUUCAUUAGGCACCAAAUGGAAAAGAACAGACGUAGGGAGGCACUACUUAGACUGGUCCUAUAAGAAACUGUCACUUUAGUUUUCAGUCACCAAAUGUUUUAAAACGUUUUCAAUUGCGUGCCUUGAUGAACAUGACUGAAAUGUGCUAAAAUGUUCACUACCUUCUCCUUAUCUAUGUAAUACCAGCCAGGGUAUACCAUAUUAUGCUAUACCUUUACUCUGUCAUUUCAGGUUAUGUCAUGGAACACCAAGGGAAUGGUGACUUUUACCUCCAGUUAUUCUGUCAGUGAAACAGUUUGAUUUAUUUUUAAUUGUUAACUGUGACCUAUACUUAGUCAUCAUAGGAUGUGUAUGUGGUAUGCCUUGUAGACACUGGCCUGUCUUGAUUGAAGUGGGGUUAGAAUAUACAUACACAAGGCUGGUUUCACAGAUCCAGAUCAACUGAAUAUCGGUUAACCAUUUUAUUUCAUUUUUUCUAAAUAAGAUUAACAAUUAGUCCUGGAAUAUUUUAAGAUGUGAUAGUUACCAUGAAUCUUUAUUAAAGUGCAAUUCAGUACAGGACUAGGCUUAACCUGGUUGAGUGAAAUGUCCAUAAUGUUGGAGUUUAAACUCAUAUUUACAGCCUGUCUGGAGCAAUAGUUUACCUACGUAAAUUAGUUGACAGGUAAGGUACAUACCAGAUGUGCCAAAGGACAGCCUCAAUUUUCUACUGUGUUGAAUAAGUAGACUACCUCACAAGUAACCUUGUCCCAAGUAAGUUGUUACUGCAUGUAGGUAGGUGUAUAUCACAAUAUAUUUGAGAAUUUCUUUAAACUGAAAUAAAAUAAAAUAAUUAAUUGGGUUGCUUAAAGCUGCAAUCAGCAGUAGAAACAAUAACAAAGCAAUUUCCCCACCCCUGUUUCGGUAAAAAUCUGAGGGAUGGGGUUUGAGAAAUGUAACCACUCAAAUUCAUAGACAGAGCUAUGGAUGCAAGGACUGAUCCAUCCAUGAUACAUUUAUUUAACUAGAAAAGUCAGUUAAGAACAAAUUCUUAUUUACAAUGACGCUGGGCCAAUUGUGCGCCGCCCUACGGGACUCCCGAUCACGGCCGGUUGACCCUUUAAAGGAUAGAGUGGUAACUUCUUACAAGGAGACGUGAAAAGUCAGACAGUUAAAAUAGUUUGUUCCUCUUCCUUCCAUCUUUGAUUAAAUCACUGGUUUCUACAUCAUUUGUAUUUGUUAAACUCCCAAAUCAGCCAGGUCCUAACUGACACUUGUCACUUGUCUGUAUCCCCUGUAAACCUGUGUGCAUGGGCACGACGUGUGGCACUGCACACUGCAAGGAGUCAUGAAUCAGUUGGAACCAUGUCAGUAAUUUAGUAAUGGGAAGAGUUUUGAUUAUUUCUCAUUCUGCCUUGUUUGUCUAUUCUAUAGUAUGUCUCUGUAUACUGUUGUGUAUGAAUUGUACUUUAAUGAGAACUAAACAAAGGCUAUUUUUAAACCUUCAAAACAUAGAUUUAUGAUACAUAUAUGAUCGUACAUGUGACUUGUAGUUGUCUGAGCAGAAAUGGGUCCCAAAAAAAAAACUGUUGACUAUUUAACAUUGGUCUUAUUUCUUUUUCAAUUAUUGAUAUACUCCAGUGAGCCACUCUAUAUUAUGUCAAUUGUGUUGCUUUCUCAGUACCUCGUCUUGUCUUCUGGCAUUUCAUGUUCUACUGUUCUUUUAAUCAAAUUCUUCAUGUUUUUAGUUUUUCUUUUGGAGAAGUGGUUGGCUGCAUUUGCAGAGAGAGUGGAAAUAGGAUUCAAAAAAUAAUUAUGUAUUCAGUUUUGCUUUAAAAAGUUGGAACAUAAUGGGGAAUAUCCUAUUAGAUAGCCCAGCUAUUGUGCUCUGUGACAAUUGCCAAUUUAAGGUUGGGGGAUGCUUAGAUCCCUGGCCAGCAAGAUCAAGACGGAUAAGGAUAUGAAUAUGAAUUUGGCCCUAGAAAUCCAUCUAAAACGGGUGAAUCUAGGAAACAGAUGAAGGAUUAGGGUGUUUUACUAUAUCUUGAAGUAGCCUGGCUAGUUAAGAUUUUUUGUGGGGGAACAUGUGUGCGCUUUCAUUCCCUUAAACUUAAUGCUAAUUGUAAAUGAAUAUAUUUCGUGAACCACCAUUCCUGUUUUCCAUUGCCUAGGUUGAACAUCAUUUCAGUUCUACCAGUGUUGUUUCAUGAACGUGUUGACACCUGUUGCAUUGAGUAUUGAUGGUUCUCUGUGAAGGCAAACUGCUGUAUGUUACACCAGAACAAGAAAACAAUUGUAUUAUCUUGUAACAUCUGUUUAUGAGUUAACAUAUUUAUUUAUUUAUUCACGCAGUUUCUGCUUUUGUAUGUAAAAGGUUAUAUACUUGUUACUUUGUGGUCAGUAAAAUAUAAUGAAAACAAUCACAUUCUAAAUAUAUAGAUAUUAAAUGGUAUAUGUAUUUGUAAAAAA